GUGAAACGCGUGAAAGUGAUGUGUGCUGUAUUUUUAACCAGUCAGCGCUAUUUUUAUCAUCACCGAUACAAAUAUUGCUAACAAUUUAGCCAUACUGUCACAUUAAAUAUCCCAAAUCAUUUACCUAAUAGCCGCUUCUUUUGCAUUUUAAAAUCACCCUAACAACUCACCCUAAGAAUAGCAUUGUGUCGCUCUCGGUGACCUUUCAUGUUCCAUUAGGGGAUGAUGAUGGUGGUGGUGGUUGUUUCCUUCUCGGAAUUAUUUUGCAAAGUGCAAUGGUAAUUUUCGGGGAAAUUUGUAAUCCGCCUCUGGAAUGCGUCCCUAGGGUGUGUUGUUGUGCAUAAAUAAAUCCAUGUUCGACGUCGGGGUGGUUUUUUUUUGUUUGGGCAAAGCAAUGUGGUGUGCUUGUGCCAGCAGCACAAACACACUUUCACUUUUCAACCCCUAAAAUGUGCGUUCGCUUCAUCUUGCCGAGCAUCCUUCGGCGACAGCAGCAGAGAGCAGCAAUUCCGCACCAGGGGAUGAUGAUGUGGAUGUGGUAGAAAGAGACAGACGGCUGGAUGGACCAGCGAUGGGAGAUUCGGUGCGUACGAGAAGAGCUCAGCCACACAGCCAGACAGUCGAGUGGAAUCACUGAGCAGAUUCAGAGUUGAAUUGUAGCAUUUUGUGAGAGAGUAUUUCCCCGAAAAGAAAAAAACGGCAGAGAAAAUGCCGGAAUCCUGCUGCAGAAUCAUCAUUUUCCUCCUCAUUGCUGUCCAUUUGGGUUCAUCGCAGAAGGCAAUAAUCUCGGAUAUAAGCCAGAAGCAGAUUAAAGAAAUCGGCGAGAGUACACAUCUCAAUUGCACCGUAAAGACCGAAGGGAGCUACAAGGUGUCGUGGAAUAAGAAGAAACUCGAACGAACCACCGACAGCUUUCCCAUCUCCAUCGAUGACCAACUCACAAUCAAUGAUCCACGCUUUAAGAUUGUCUUCGACCAAAAUACCUCAACGUAUAGUUUGCAAAUAAGUAAUAUUGAGAGCUCCGACAUGGGGCUCUAUGAGUGCCAGAUCUUCAUUUCCUUCGAGGAGCGUCCAAGUUCAUCCGUGGAGCUCCUUGUGCGCCAUCCACCAAUCAUAUCGGAGAAAUUGUCCACAAAGGUGGCUCAGGUGCCAGAGCAUCAGCUGGUGAAUCUUGAAUGCUACGCUGAUGGGUAUCCAAGGCCAUCAAUUACCUGGACCAGGGAGUACAAUGCCCUUAUGCCAGGUGGUGGGCAUAAAUUCAGUGGAAACAUUUUGAAGAUUGCAUCAGCUCGUCGAGAAGAUCGCGGCACGUAUUACUGCAUUGCUGAGAACGAUGUUGGGAAGUCCAACACAAGGACCAUAACGCUUGAAGUGGAAUUUCCACCGGUUAUUUCAAUUCCCCGUCCAAAGGUAGCUCAAGCCCUGGACUACGAUAUUGAGCUCAAGUGUCGCGUGGAGGCCUAUCCACCUGCUUCAAUCGUAUGGUUGCGUAAUGGUCAGCAGUUGCACAGUAGUGAGGAGUACAAGAUCUCCAAUCUGGCGACAGUGGACCAAGUCACCACAUCAUCCCUCAUGAUUCGUGGUUUGGAACGUGAUCAGUAUGGGGACUACUACUGCCAGGCAAGGAACUCCAAAGGACAGGCUGAAAGUAGAAUUCAUCUCUUUGAAUCAGUCCUCCCUGUUUUAGAAUUGGUUUAAAUGCAAAAAAAGUGAUUUAUUUUGUGCUUUUUUGUAACAACAAACUAUCUUGACCCACUGAUGAAACUAACAUGCGUAUUUCCUUCAAGAAAACGCCUUUCCCGACAUCAACUUCGCAGGAAUCAUCUGGAGCUCCUCACCGAAUCCCACCAGCCCGCUCAUUGCCAUCGUAGUCACUUCAACUGCCCUUCUGAGUGUACUCUAAAAAAAAAUCUCUAAUCUUCAGGUGUGUGACCUUUAAUUUAUAAAGGUCAAUGAAUGUCCGUUCUUGUGUGCCAAACCCCCAUCCACAACUACCCCUCGAUCUUGGAAAAAAACUGCCAUAUGCGAGUAAACUUUAGGACGAAAUUUACACAAAACUAAUCUUUAAAAUAUCUGCCAUUUUACAGAAUUAAUCACAUUAAUCUUAUUAAUUAAUCCCCCCAUGGAGUGAUUUAAUUUACAAACAUAAUCAUUUUGCCACAUAGAGGUGAAAAAAAUCAAUAUUUUUAUUGUAAUUUUAUGAUUUUCACAAAAUAAAGGACUCUGACAUAUUUUUUAGAAAAAAA